GCCCUUGCGAUCGUGAAGGUGCUGACGUCGCGGUCGAGGUCGAUGUUGUCCUAUCUCGAGGCACGGUAUGGCCGGUCCUUGAUUACGGAGAGCACCACGAAGUUGUACCGCAUGUUCUGCCUGAUCAAGAAGCACAUGGCUGGUCCGGCUUUCGGCGUCAAAGUCGACCCCGAAGACGGCAUGGAAAUGCUCCUGAGCAUGCUCUGUCUCGGACUCGACUCUACGCAGCUGAAGCCUCAGGAGUGUAUCGGGUCCUUCUUGACUGGCGAGGAAGGAAGCAAGGUGACCGACCCGAGUUGCUGGGCACGGACGGCCAUCCAGACCCUUUCGCUUGGCCAGCAUGCACGCUUGCUCGCCGGACGCAUGGAGAGCUCGAUCUGCUCCAAGGAUAUGUGCUCCAUCAUCGAAACCUUGACCAACCCGGUUGUGUGGAGACAGGAGAUCAUGAAGCAGCGACAGGUCAUGGAUGUCGACGAGUGCUUCGACAACGUGUCUGUCGCGUGCAUGGAGACCUUGAAGAAGAAGGCCAUUGCAGACAGUGGUUUCAAGAAAAUGGAGCCCUUGCUGGACUGGUGCUACAGCUUGAUUGACGGUCAGUUCCAAGCAGGCAUCGCCGAAGUCUGCAAGGAAGACAUCGUGGAUGUUGUCAGCCUCAUCGAAAAGGGGGAGACUGCACAUACUGUUGUGAAGGAGCUCUCUGACGCGCUGGACGCGGCCAACGAGCAGGCUGACCAAGCUGCUGACACCCAGCAGAAAGUGAUGCCCAGGCUUAGCUGGCGCCAGCUAGCUCGUGUCAACUCCGACGAGAACGGUGACGGCGAGGCAACCAGAUUGGCCCUGCAGAAUGAACGAGAGGUGGUUUGGGAGAAGGCGGUCAAUGUCAGGAAGUCGCUGGUCGCGGUCGAAAGCGCUACAUCCUGGACAACGGCAGGCCUCGAGGCCGCUUUGACCAAGCUCCGCGCCGGCAGCUUCACUGGCGUGCUGAAUGAGAAACAUGUCCUUUUCUUCUUGAGUGCAGACCUUUGCCUGGAGAGCCCAUCCGCGUGGAAAGAGACGCCCAAAGGGACCCCUGCCCAAGUGGACUUCUUCAAGGCACGGGUCGAGCACUUACUGGAGAGUGUCGCGAAAACCCCGGGUGCCAUCGGCUUCCUCUUCGACGGCAGGUCCAAGGCUGCACGCCGGGUCGUUGUCAGUUUAAUGUCUCUGGUCUUGCAGGACGACUACGCCCAAGAGCAUGAGUCUACGACAGCUUUCACGACCUACUCCGGCGUGCUCUACCCGCCGACUGAGAGCCUGCCAUUGAUGAACUACAACAGCAAGGCAGGCAUUCUGGGCCUGGACAAGAAGGCCGAUUGGUCGUCGCAGUCGCAAGUGCCUUUGUGGUGGAACGAAACAAAGUCCGCCAACUUUUUCGAGGCUUUGUUGAAGAACUACCAAGCACACCAAGUGGUGGACAUGUCGGCAGGACUGGCUUUGGCUAGUGCUGCCAUGCGCUUGAAUGUUCGAUACGCAGGCGUGGCCUGCAAUAACGAACACUCGACAUGGCUGCAGAACAGCAUCGACAAGGCUGCCAUCGCCGUGAUCUGUGACAACGAACACAGCUUGUAUCAAGAGUCUCUAUCAGGUAUGUUGAGCAAGCUUUUUCCAGGCCAAUGCGAGUACAAAGAAGUUGCCCAGGAUGAGUCGGGUCCUGUCCCAGCCACUCCUCCAGGGGCAGAGCCUGCUGAAAGGACGUCGGCGACACAGUAG